AUCUGCGUUUCCAGAGCAACGCAUAUUAAAUUACACAUAGGCUUGGUGCUGGACUUUAAACAGGUGGAGGGAGAGACUUCAUAAAAUCAAUUUCUUCUUACUGGGAAUCCACUUAAAUACUUGAAAUGGCAAAAUUUUUUACACCAGCUCAAAUCAAUGAGUUCAAGGAGUGCUUCUCCUUGUAUGACAAGAAACAAAAGGGAAGGAUUGACGUCAAGGACCUGAUCACAGUUAUGCGCUGCCUUGGGACAAGCCCCACACUUGGUGAAAUUGAAAGACAUCUUCAAGUUCAUAAAAUUGAAAAGUCAGGGAGCUUGGACUUCUCUACAUUCCUGACCAUGAUGCACCGGCAGAUACAACAAGAAGACCCGAAGGCAGAAAUUCUUGAAGCCUUUAGGAUGACAGACAAACAAAAGAAAGGAUACAUUCAAGCCUCGGAACUGAGAGCCAAGCUCACCAUGUUGGGAGAGAAACUUACUGUUAAAGAAGUUGAAGAGCUGUUCAAAGAAGCAAACAUCAAGCCAAGUGGAGUUGUUAACUAUGAAGAAUUCACUGAAAUGGUGACUCUACCACCUGUUGAUUAUUGAGUUGGGCCAUUGUAAGAAAUAAACAAUAUGUUUGUGUCUUUUCGGUUAAAGUUAUCUAAUUCAGUACAACUUGCUCUUUAUCGUUAAAGUUUAAAUGGCUGUUUGAAGUGGACUUAUUCUAUUAUUGGUUUUGAUUUAAUAUACACCUGAAUCUCAAUUUUACACGGACUUUGGGGUCCAGAAUUUGGGAAUCGCGUUAACCCCGAAAGUGUGUUGCAUACAAAGGCAUGUUUUUAGGCGGCCAAUGUGGUCCUUUGUUGCGUUAAUUUAUGUCAGACAUGUUGGGGAGCUGAUAGAAUCGUUUGCCGUCCGUCACUUUGAGUUGACAUUUUAAUAAGAGAGAAGUAAUACGCAGGUGACAAUAUCAGGCGGAUUUAGUAAGUCAUCUUUAUGCUAUGUGAAUUGGAUGGAAGAGAGAAUGAAGCAGCCACUUAUUCUA